AUGAAUUUGAAUCAUUUAAUUUUAUUAAUUGUUUUAAAUACGGAAAUCUUUGCACUUAGACCAAUACAUUUAACAAUUGUUGUAUGUGGUGAUAGACUUGAAGAAGCACUUAAUGCAUUGAAAUCAUCAUUAAUUUUUACACCAUCACCAAUUAUUUUUCAUGUUUUUACUGAAGAUCAUUUAAGAGAACAAUUUACAGAAAAAAUUAAUUCAGAAUGGCCUAUUGAAUAUAAAUCAAAAUUUCAAAUUGAGUUUUAUCAAAUUCAAUUUACACGUGGAAAUGAUGAACGAUGGAGAAAACUAUUUAAACCAUGUUGUACUCAACGUUUAUUUAUUCCAGAUAUACUGACAAGUAUUGACUCAGUAAUUUAUAUUGAUACGGAUAUUUUAUUUUUAAGUAAUGUAAGAAGUUUAUGGCGUUUUUUUCGAAAAUUUAAUUCAACUCAAUUAGCUGCAUUGACACCCGAACAUGAAGAUCCAUCUAUGGGAUGGUAUAAUCGAUUUGCACGUCAUCCAUACUAUGGGUCAAUGGGUAGGGUAUAA